GUGUGAAACUGUGGUGAAUGGGGCUGAAUAUAGUUGAUAAAGAGGCGGCGGAGUUGGGGGUUUAGCGCCAAGUUAAAGCUACUCCUCCCUGACGUUGAUGCUUCAAGUCAUCUGUUCUCUGCAAGGCGCCUGCUCAGAGGACAAGCUGCUCCUGGCCUGGACACACACUCACUCACUCACAGCACCCCCGAGUCGGAAAAACAGGCGGUCAACUUACACAAUACUCACUUCUUUUUCAAAAAGUGGAUAAAGAGUGAACUUCAAGGGCAGAAUCUUGAGGUUUACUCCAAAACUGACACACAUCCCUCUGAGUAUAAUGCGGGGAGAACGGGAAGACACAGAACCGAAGUCUGUUGCUCCCGAGGCGCCCAAGGAAAGUACAGUACGACCGAGAAAGAGGAAGGCAGAUGUUGCCAUUUAUUUACCAGAUCUGGAUGAUGAGGAGGUAGCAGAGAUGACAAAGAAGAAGCAGCGUGAGUGUGAGCCGGGCUGGAGUCCUGAUCCUGAUUACCCAAGUCCACACAGGUGGAUCCCCACACCUGAUCAGGAAGUGGACCAAACAGUUGUCCAGAUAAAUGCAUGCAUUCCCAACUACAACGUAAACAACAUAUAUUCAACCCCUGUACACUGUGCCCCGCUUCCUGCGCUGUGCUGGGCCAGUAAGGAUGUGGUGUGGAACAACAUGCUGGAGAAGGACAAGACCUAUACCAGGGAUGUUCACAUGAUGGAGAAGCAUCCUCAUCUGCAGCCCAAGAUGAGGGCAAUUCUCCUGGACUGGCUCAUGGAGGUGAGUGAGGUGUACAAACUGCACAGGGAGACAUACCACCUCGCUCAGGACUACUUUGAUCGCUUCAUGUCCACUCAGAGAAACGUCUUCAAAUCAACUCUGCAGCUCAUAGGCAUUACCUGUCUCUUCAUCGCUGCCAAAGUAGAGGAGAUGUAUCCUCCCAAAGUCCACCAGUUUGCCUAUGUUACAGACGAAGCCUGCACCGAAGAUGAGAUUCUCAGUAUGGAAAUCAUUAUUAUGAAGGAGCUGAAGUGGAGUCUCAGCCCACAGACUCCCAUCUCCUGGCUCAAUGUUUACAUGCAGGUGGCCUACCUGAAAGAGACAGAUGAGCUGCUCCUGCCCAAAUACCCCCAGGAUACCUUCACACAGAUUGCAGAGUUGUUGGACCUGUGUAUGCUAGAUGUGCGUUGCCUCGAGUUCUCCAAUGGCAUCCUCGCUGCUUCAGCCCUGUUUCACUUCUCCUCUCUACAAGUGGUGGAAAAAGUGUCAGCUCUGAAGUGGGUGGAGGUAGAGUUGUGCGUGAGGUGGAUGGAGCCGUUUGCCAUGGCGCUGCGGGAGGUUGGGGGAUCUCCCAUGAAAACAUUCACUGGAAUCCCUGCAGAUGACAUGCACAACAUCCAGACCCAUGCCUCCUACAUUACAUGGCUGGACAAGGCCUACUCUUACCAGGAUGUGGAGUUGGAGUGUCGCAGCAACUGUCCUGUCCCUUCAGGCGUCCUGACUCCGCCCCUGAGCAGUGAGAAAACUGAAGAGUUGGUCCGAGUGGACGCCACAGUGCUGAAAAUCAAACCGAGGAUGCGUACUCCAUCCCCAGAACGGCACCUUCCAAAGUAGCGAAGGGAACACUGAAAAUGACAAGACGACAACAAAUCCUAAUUAGAUUUUUUAUAUUAUAACUGUAAGUGGAGGUAAAGCUACCCGGAUGUGUUGCCUCUGAACAGCGACUCUGCAGUACCAGUUCACACACGUAUGAUGGAUUUUCAGUGGAGAAACGUUGAUGGAAAUAGUAUUUUCUCCUUUCAAAGUCAGGCUGAUUACUUGGAUCCAGGUGCUUUUUAAAUGUCUCUGUAGUGGGUGUGUGUGUGUGUGUGUGUGUGUGUGUGUGUGCGCGUACGUGUGCGUGCACACUUCCUUUGGCUAAUUUGGGGAAACGCCGUUUGGAUGGUCUCUCUCCCCACAGGAAUCUUACCUAUUUAACCCUCCGGUUUGGACGAAAUACACAGGACUGUCAGGAUGGGACGACUCGAGAGGAGAUUUUUAUUUUUGAACAGCAUUGCACCCGAAUGCUUGCAUUAAUUACCAACCACACCUACAUUUGGUGGUUGCCUUUUUUUUUUGUUUUCUAUGCAGUGGCCAAAUUGAAUGGACAUUUUAUGGAGUCUCUACUUAAUUUUGUGUGUGUGUGUGUGUUUGGUGAUUGCUGUUUUUAAUCUAUUAGUGGCCUCAUUUGCCCAAAAACUAUUCCUAGGGUCAUAUUUGGCUCUAUGUGCUGCUAUAAAAGUGGGCUUUGCAUGAUGGAGGGGGAAGUAUGUAUGUUUGUGUGUGUGUGUGUGUGUGUGUGUGUGUGUGUGUGUGUGUGUGUGUGUAUGAAAUAGUGUGUUACUCUUGUUUUUGGUUCUACUCAUGCCAUUUUAUUGGACAAAACAUGGCCAUGUUUUGCCAAGGGACCAGUAGCUUGGCUACCUAGAUGGACAAGUGAACCAGCUGGGCUUCAGAAGCUAAGAUAUUGAUUGUAUUUAACUUUUAUUUUAAUCCCAACCUGCAUCCCCCCCACACCACCGAAAUGUAAGAUUUCUAUUUGACUUUUUAAAAUAAAAUGCUGCUACAUAUUUUCCAUUAAA